ACAAACUGCAAAUAUGUCCCUAUACUCUGUCUUCAUUAGGGGUUAUAUGUCUUUCACCAAAAGUUUUGGGUCAAAGUGCACCAACUACAAAUCAAGAAGGAGGCGAUAGCAAUCUGCAUUGAAAAAGAAAGAAGAAGAACCAGCUUCCAACUACCCCAUAUAAUAUUAGCUCAUUCUGUUAUUGUUAGGGUUCUGCAUUCCCCUGCUCCAGAAACCAUUCAAAAAUCCAAUCUUUAGCAUUCUCCCAUAUAUUUCUCUUCAAAUCCAGUUAUCUCUUGGCUUUCUACACAGCUUCUGCCCCAAAAACAUGUCGAAGCAAGGAAAUGUUGGAUUUGAUUUCCCAGAAGACGUCUUUGUCCACAUCUUUCUCAAUCUGCCCAUCAAAGCCAUCCUGAUAUGCACUUGUGUCUGCAAAACCUGGAAUGCCAUCAUCAAGGGCCCCUCAUUCAUUUCGUCACACCUUAAUCACUCGAUCUCCUGGCACAAGGAAAGCAACAUCCCCCUCUGCCUCCUCCGGUACUGCUCCCUGCAUACCUUAAAAGAGCGAUACUCCUUGCGCUUUGACACUCAAGAGCUUGGUAAGUACGCCCGGAUUCAUUUCCCGUACCGAUCCCAUUUUGGGUUCAAGAUAUUUGGCUCUUGCAACGGAUUGGUCUGUUUGUUGGGGGGUAAGAGUUAUUCCACUGAGCACUUAAUUUUAUGGAACCCUGUUAUUAGAAAAUCCAUGAUCCUCCCAAAACGAGGUUUAACUGGGUUAGAUUCAGUUGGGUUGGGAUCGGAUUCUGGAACAAAUGAUUAUAAGGUUUUGGUAGUUUCUCCAUUAAAGAAUGUUUCUAUAAAGGCUGAGCUUUAUUCCCUCAAGGCUAAUACUUGGAAACGGCUUAGGGAUGUUGAAUCACAGUGUCAGAUGGUCACAAAUGGGCCAAUGGCUUUUCUUAAUGGAAUUCUCCAUUUUGUUGCAUAUAGGUUUCAGAACUUGAUUUUGGGGUUUGAUGUCGGUGGUGAGGUUUGUCGCGAAAUUAUGUUGCCAGAUCGUUUGGCGCAUUGCCACCUAAGUGAUCUUUCUGUUAAGGUAUGUGCGGAUUCUUUGUCAGUUUUGUUCUCAAGUGAUACUAAUAGGGUCUUCCAAAUAUGGGUAAUGAAAGAGUAUGGUGUAGAAGGAUCGUGGACUCAACUGUCCAACAUCACCAUGUUGCCAUGGUCGCCAUUGCCAAGGGUAUUGUGCUUUAGAAAGAAUGGCCAUGUCUUAUUGAGUGUGGCAAAUGGCUAUCUGAUGAAUAGCCCUGCACAGAUAGUUUCAUAUGAUCCAAAACACAGAAUGAGGGAGGUUCUUGACAUUCAGGGAAAACAUGAUUGGUUUUUUGUUGAUAGUUACAUAGAAAGCCUAGUUUUACUGGAUAAAGGUAAUGAUCUAAGUCUUUGGUAUCAAGAAAACGGAUCUUGUGAUGCAUAUGAAGAAAGUGAUGAUGGUGCUUCAAGCAGUGCAGCUUGUGCAAUGUAUUUACAGGGUACUACAAGCAGUGCAACCAGUACAAGGAGUGCCAUGGAUGAUUUGUGUGAUGAUUCAAGGAAUGAUGAAAAUGCUGAUUUGAGAGAAGAUUCAGAGGCACGUUCAAGUGAUUAUUCAAGUGGAGAAGCUAGGAAGGAUACAAGUGCAUCAGGUGCAAGUAAGGAUUUAAGUAAAGGUGAAGCAGCUGCAAAUGAAGAAUUAAGCAAUAAUGUAGCUGAUGAUUCAAGUUUUCAUGUUAGUAAUGAAUUGGGUGGCAACACAAAUGGUACCAAUGAUGCACCCUCCAAAUAGGGUGUGUUGACAGGAUACCAUGACCAAAUGAGUACGGAGCUGUGGACAAUGAAGUCAUCUUUCAACAUAUCAUGUUCAGAUUCAUCCAAAGUUGUAUCGGUAGUGUUUUGUGCUUAUGUUAGACCUUGUAUCUGGAUACCCUGACCUCGUAGUUGCUCUUAUGUGAACUAUCAGCAGCAUAACCUCAAGUUUAUGUUUGUAAUGCUAAGUUAUAAUUUGCUAAGUUGCGUACUUGUUUGUAGAAAUGUCAAUUCCGCAUCUGCACUCUGAAAUGAAGGAAUUGAUCUUCU